AUGGCGGCAAAAGAGAAAAUGUUGGAGAUACAUGAAAACGGAGCAGAAAUCGCUAGUUCUCGAUUAGAUUGUAUUAUUAGCCGCUGGAAUGUGGACUAUUAUAUUUUUUCUGCGCUUAAUGCUUUCAGGGAUGGGCGGUACACCGAUUUCUGUCAGUUUCGGGAUAUACUCCAAUGUCUGGUGGCUCGACCGCUGGAGCAUUCUGAGAACCUGGUCAAGAAGAUGCGUGUGAUGCAGUUCCUGUCCCGGAUCAACGAUGGAGACAAAUUGGACUACACGUUCGACUCCCAGGACGCGCUCACGCCGCUGGAGUCGGCCAUGCUCGUGUUAGACUCCAUCAGCCAGGAGCAGGAGGUUUUACAGCAGGAUCUGGAGAGGGUUCACAAGUCUGUCAGUGAAAUGCUGGUGAUCUUAUGCAUUAAGAACGGGGAGUUUGCCAAAGCCAAGGAAGUACUGACAAAUCACUUCCCCAAUGUCUCCGUGGGCAAGGAAGCCAUCCUCAUGGGUCUGGUGCAACAGAAGUCCACCUCUCACCCCGCCCUCGAGCAGGUCACCUACGAGCAGUUCAAAGCAGAGAUGCUGCAGUUUUCCGAGAGCCUGUUCACCAAUUCUGAGCCCUUCCUGUACAAGACUGCAAGAAAGCUUGUUGCCUUGAGGCCUCAGAUGGAGGAUGGCAGACCCUCAGACCACCAGCCAACCCCACAAGACUCGAGUCUGGUCCAUGCUCCACCCACUGAGCCAUCUGAAAGCGCAGCUACUCCUGGACCCAGUGAAACUGCAGGUGGUGUGCAGGUAAAGCUCAGUCUCCUCCGGGCCUGCUUUGCAGCCCUGGCCAAGGAGCACAGUGUGGACAUCCCCUUUGCACAGCUGGAAGAGGAGGUGGAGCGAGAGGUGCGGGAGGAGAACGCGGAUAUGGACCGGGUACCCUCUCCCUGUCAGGGCAGCCAUGCCCCACUGGGGUCUAACAAGCCGGAGGAAACAGCCUGGGCAGAGCGAGCCAGGCAGCACACUGUGGCCAGGCUGGUGGUGGAGGAGGACAGUCUGGAGAGUGAGCUGGAAUCAGUGGCUAGCCAAGAGUCCACAAACAUGAAGAAGAAACUCUUAGUCUCCCUGGAGCGGUCUGUAUCCAAGAGGCAACAGCCCUCAUCCAGCAAGGAACCACCCACAGCCAGCAGGGAAACGCCCACAUCCAAUGUGGCACCGCCCACAGCGAGCAGGGAAACACCCUCAUCUAGGAAAGAGCCACCCACAGCCAGCAGGGAAACACUCACAUCCAAUGGGGUACCGCCCACAGCUACCAGGGAAACAUCCUCAUCUAGGAAGGAACCACCCACAACCAGAAAAGAGUUGCCCUCAUCCAGCAGGGAACCGCCCAUGAGCCCGCCGUCUUCCCCCACAGUACCCUACAGGAAGGCUCGCAAGCGACCAGUCAGCGUUGCGCAAGUCAGGCAAAUAACAGACAGUGACGAGGACAUGUGUGACGCCUCUGACACCCCGGAGGACCUCCUGCCUGCGGCCGCACCCCCGCAGUCCUGUCAGUCUCCCAGGAAAUGGUCAGCGGACGUAUCGAGGGAGGAGAGGGAGGAGUGGAGCGAUGAAGAAUCUUUGUUCAACGUUUCAACAAAUAAUGGCUCCAGAAGAACUGAGAGAAGAGCUGGGCAGAAGAAGAUGUGGACGGUGGAGGAGAGCGGGUGGGUGCGGCGGGGAGUGGAGCAGUUCGGAGAGGGCAACUGGGUGCGCAUCAAGAACAGCUUCCCGUUCGUGGGGCGCACCACAGUCAACAUCAAGGACAGGUGGAGGACCAUGAAGAAGCUGAAGAUGGUUUAAGUCGGCGCAGCUCCCUGACCCCCACGCUCGGCGUCGCAGAGUGAUGACACGCUCUCACGCAGGGGAAUGACGGGUGACGGUGCGAAUCGCGAUCUCAUUGUUCCGCUUCCAGAAGCAAACUGCCAGAAAGGCAGGCUGCCUUAGAUCUCUGAAGGCCUUCCGUUUUUUGGUCAAGUCAGAUUUGUUCUCGAUUUGGUAGAUGGUUGUUAGGUUCCAGAGGACCUGUUUUUACAUUUUAACAGGCGACAUUAAUUUUCAUGCCUUGGUCGUCUAAUUUUUUUUUGAGUGCCAUAGCAACACACAGAAAUUCUUCAGACAGUGGACUAA